AUGUAAAAAGGUUUGCUUUUUGCUACAUAGGUUUUGCAUAAGAGAAAAGCCCGUCUUUUUCAUGAAACCUGUAACUUUCUCAAUUGCCGUCGUUGGUAAGUUUCCGUGUGGACAUGUUUACCGGCGUUAUCAACUUUAACUUCACACUUCCAAACCCCUCAUUAUUCACGGCGGAGAUAUGCUAUGCCGCCGCUCCUGUAGCUCUACUGAUGAUCGCUGUCUACUCAAUAUCCUCGAAGAAGAAUAAGAAGAAGAAGGAAGAGAUCAUCGCAACGGAGAUUGUUGAGGAAGCUACCGUUGACGACGUUAGGGUUUUAUAUAAACGGCGGAGAUCAUAUGACGAUGAAAUAUGCUGGAAGUCUGCAAGUGACGUACUUUUCGAAGAAGACGAGGAAGCAAUAAUGUUAGAAGCAGACGCCAAAUAUGCCGAAGAGUUACAGGUUCUCAAAGCUCUACAAGCUUCUCAGAUUUCAACACAAAGACCAUCACUGAGUUCAUUUUUGAUGCAAGUAGUAUGUAAAAUCUGCUUGGAGAAACACGAGUCCUGGCAAAUGUUCACAAACUCAACCUGUUCACAUUCCUUCUGUUACGACUGCACCGCCAAACACGCAACAACCCAAAUACAAUCAAAACGCAAAACCAUCGCAUGCCCUGGCAUCAACUGCAAUUCAACACUCGAUUCCAACAUGUUGAGACUAAUCAUUCCUCAAGAAACUCUCAUCAAGUGGGAUGAAUUCCUAUGCGAAUCCCUGAUUCCCGAAUCACAAAAAUUGUACUGCCCGUUUACUAAUUGUUCGGUUCUACUAAUCAAUGAUGACACCAGCAACGGUGUUACGAAAAUCAACUGUCCAGUAUGCCGACGAUCAUUUUGUAAAGUGUGUCGGGUCCCAUGGCAUUCAGAGUUGAGCUGCAAGGAGUUUGGGAAACUGAAAGGGAAAACCGAUGAUGAGAUGGCAGUGGCGCUUGCGAAGAAGAAAAAGUGGAAGAAAUGCCCGAACUGUAACUUCUUUGUGGAAAAGGCGGAGGGGUGUGUGCAUAUAACUUGUAGGUGUAAGUUUGAGUUCUGUUAUACGUGUGGAGCCAAGUGGAGUCAAAGUCAUAAUGGGUGCAGGCGUCAAAAUGGAGUUAAUAUUGGUAAUUGAUGCGUAGUUAGGAGAAGUAAAACACAAUAUAGUUAUAGGUAACUGAUGCAUAGUUAGGGUCAAUGAGGUAUUGACCAGCAUCCUCUACUAGCAGAAGUCAUGUUGAUAUUGCAUUUUCAUUUAGCAGUAAAGAUAGUUCUUUGUGAAAAGUACUAUUCUAAGUCAUUAAGUCAUGGUAUAACUUAAUUACUAUAGAUAGUAGAUUGAUUUGUAAAGAUAGAAAACAAGCAACCACACUGGGUAUCAGGUUUGUUUGGAAAAUUGACUCACAUGAUAAUUAAAGAUAUUUUUAAUUUUUUAUUGCCA